UCGCUCGAGCGACGAGCGCCGCGAGGUUAAACGGUAAUCGCGUCGAAACGCGGCGUUCCCCUCGUUAUUCUCGCACGUCCUCGUCGUCAUCAUCCGCGAACGGCGCCGAUUUGCUCGUCCACGAUCGUUUACGACACGGGCCGAAGCGCGAUUACGCGCGGUGCGCCUCGUCGCCGUGGCACGGCCGAGCUUUCGAGGUUAAACGAACGAUCGCGCGUUUCGGUCCCCAAUGGCGCGACGGCUGCCGCGUAGAAUUCCCCCGGAUUCGCGCCCGCAAGUCGCGAAAUCGCGUCCUUUCAGACGCACGCAUCCAGAUUGCGAGAGUUGCGAGUCGGAAAGAAUCGAGGAUGAGAAAUGAAGUAUGUCAGAAACGUUUAAUUGAUAUUCUUCAGUGAACGAAGAUGAAUAGUGAGCAGCAUGCAUUGCCAGCGACUACGCAGGCACAACAAGAGGUCUCGGUCUACCACCAUUCCCACCACAACUCCUCGCAUAGGAGUGGUGGCGGUGGGGAGGCAUCAUCCUCCAAAGAGCCAGCCUCUUCACUCAACCAGGAAAUGGCGUUGACUUCCAGCUCGCAUCAUCAGCAACAGUCAACCGCCGCGCAUCAUCAUCAGCCUUCGGUUAGCAGCAGCAGCCAUCACGGUUCCCUGCAGUCGAAUCCGCAGAUUCCCGUAUCUCUUCCCGGCCUUAAUUUAGACGGCGCACAUAUACCGACGAGUGUUAGUCACCUGCAGGCCGCGCAUGCACAAAUACAACAAAUGCAGGCGCAAGCACAGCAGCAGCUGCAACAGCAGCAACCUCCGCCGCCGCAGCAGCAGCAGCAGCAGCAGUCUCAUCACCAGAUGUCGAAUCACCAGAACGCCCAGAACAACGGACCUACGUCGCACAGCCAGAACGUGCAGCGUGACGACAACAAAGUCAAGGACGAGGGCGGUAGCUGCACCACCGAGCGCUGCAGCGACAAUCAGGUUCAUUGUCAAGUUCAAUGCGAUCUGCAAUUACAACCACCCCAAGAUCUUCAACAGAGCUUGAUGCAACAGCAGCAGCAGCAACAGCAGCAGCAGCAGCAGAUCGGGGUCAGCAUCAGCGGGAACUCCACUAACGAGGGGGGAAACCAGAACAACUCCGAGAAGCCCGAAAAGGAGAAGGAAUUGCGGCAGCUGAAUAUGACCCAAUUCCAAGUUCCUGACUUGAAACCGGGUGGACACAUGAUGGACGUGAGAACGGCGGACGGGUCAGUCGUGAAAAUAAGCGCCGGAAACGAGCAGGAUCUGGCGAAGACUCUUGGUGUCGAGAUGGUGCAGAACAUGUACAAGGUGAACGUUGAGGACAUUAACCAGUUGUUGGCGUAUCACGAGGUCUUCGGAAAGUUGCAGAACGAAAUCGCGGCCAGUACGACCCUCGUAGGCAGUACCGUUCCAACGCAGACGGUCACUACGAUACAAAAUGGAACACCGAUCGUUCAGCAAGUUCAGCUGAACAAGUUCGACAUAAAGUCGAGUGACGGCGAGGCGACGCCUGGCCCGAGCGCGUCGCCCGUCUCGGUUGGCAGCCACUCGUGCGAGAUAUGCGGCAAGAUCUUCCAGUUUCGUUAUCAGCUUAUCGUGCAUCGCAGAUAUCACACCGAGAGAAAGCCGUUCACCUGCCAGGUGUGCGGCAAGGCGUUCUCCAAUGCGAACGAUCUGACGCGUCAUGGCAAGUGUCAUUUGGGCGGAUCCAUGUUUACAUGCACGGUCUGCUUCCACGUGUUCGCAAAUGCGCCCUCCUUAGAACGUCAUAUGAAGAGACACGCCACCGACAAGCCGUAUAAUUGCACGGUCUGCGGUAAGAGCUUUGCACGAAAGGAACAUUUGGAUAAUCAUACGAGAUGCCACACCGGCGAAACACCGUAUAGAUGCCAAUACUGUUCGAAGACAUUUACCCGUAAAGAACACAUGGUAAAUCACGUUCGCAAACACACUGGUGAGACUCCACAUCGAUGUGAUAUUUGCAAGAAGAGCUUUACUCGCAAAGAACACUUUAUGAACCAUGUUAUGUGGCAUACAGGAGAAACCCCUCAUCAUUGCCAAGCCUGCGGCAAGAAGUAUACGCGCAAAGAGCAUCUUGCUAACCACAUGCGCUCGCACACGAACGACACGCCGUUCCGUUGUGAGAUAUGCGGUAAGUCGUUUACGAGGAAGGAGCACUUCACGAACCACAUAAUGUGGCAUACGGGCGAGACUCCGCACCGCUGCGACUUCUGUUCGAAGACGUUCACGCGAAAGGAGCAUCUCCUCAACCACGUUCGCCAGCACACGGGUGAGUCUCCACAUCGAUGCGGCUUCUGCUCCAAAUCGUUCACCAGAAAGGAACACCUUGUUAAUCACAUCCGCCAACACACAGGGGAGACGCCCUUCCGCUGUUCAUACUGUCCGAAAGCAUUUACGCGGAAGGAUCACCUGGUGAACCACGUCAGGCAGCACACGGGUGAGUCACCGCACAAGUGCCAGUAUUGCACCAAAUCCUUCACGCGGAAGGAACAUUUGACCAAUCACGUGCGUCAACACACAGGCGAAUCGCCACAUCGAUGCCACUUCUGCUCCAAGUCAUUUACUCGUAAGGAGCAUUUGACGAAUCAUGUGCGCAUCCACACUGGCGAAUCUCCACAUAGGUGUGAGUUCUGCCAGAGGACGUUCACUAGGAAAGAACAUCUAAAUAAUCAUCUCCGUCAACAUACCGGAGAUUCCUCACAUUGUUGCAACGUGUGCUCCAAACCAUUCACAAGAAAGGAACAUCUCGUGAAUCAUAUGCGUUGCCAUACUGGUGAACGUCCAUUCGUGUGCACAGAAUGUGGCAAGAGUUUCCCGCUGAAGGGCAAUCUUCUCUUCCAUAUGCGAUCGCACAAUAAAGGCAGCAACGCCGAGAGGCCGUUCCGCUGCGACCUGUGCCCCAAAGAUUUCAUGUGCAAAGGACACUUAGUCUCGCACCGGCGCUCGCAUUCAGACGAGCGGCCGCACAGUUGCCCGGACUGCGGCAAGACCUUCGUCGAGAAGGGCAAUAUGCUACGACACUUGCGCAAGCACGCGGCUGAAGGACCGCCGACGCAGGUCAGCACGCCCUCGGCCAUACCGCAAUCCGGCGUCUUGCCGAUCCCGGCAGCAGCCGCAGUCCUGGUCGGACACCCGCUAGCACCGCCAGCACCGCCUGUGGUGGUACCGCAGCACACGGUGGUUGUACCGACACCGCCUGGUGUACUGACAUCAUAUUAGGAGAAAGAGAGACGAGAAAAUCUCCGUUAUGUUCGAGAAGAGGAAGAAGAAGCAGCAUACGUUUAUUAGAAGAAAGAGAAAGAAACGAGAAGGAAGAGAAAGGAACGGAAGAAAGACGGGUGAUCUUUGAAAACGUUUAACACACGCGCACGCGUGUGUAUGCUUAAAAUACGAUUGUGCCGAGCAAUUGCGCGGAAGAUUCGUUCGUCAUUCGUCGUUUUUUCGUCGAGGACCUGGACCAGUGAGUUAUACGUCACCAGUAAUCACUAGUAAAUCAUCAGUGUCUCAACGUCCGCUCGCGAUUCUGCAGCAGCUGCAAACAUCUUCGUUUCACAUGACUCGCCGUGAACCUUCUUGGUGACGAUAAACGUAGUAUACAGCGAUCGCUCGUGACGUGCAUAGCGAUCGCUCGUAAAACGUGCAUCGACAUUGACCGUUCCUUGUGCGAUAAUGGCGGUGUAUUAUCCAAAGUUUGGUUUUGCUUGUUUAUGCUUGUACUUGAUAAGUAUGUCGAUCGCGUGUAAGGAUAAGGAAUGCGUAGCGCGCAUUCCUGUCAAAUUCGUGCAAAAAGAUCAUCGGAGAAACAUCAGAACUUUGCGACUAAGUGAUGGACACGUGAUGAUUUCUCUUCGUUAUACUUUAGUAACCUUCCGUAAUUUUAACGUGUAAUCUUAACAGAGGCACUAAUUAUAAUGGCAACAUUGUCUUGCAUUAUUAUGUUCAUAUCUUAUUUUUCAUGUGAGUGUGCACUCGUAUGCGUUCGCUGAUCAGCGAAAUUUUCAGCAGAAAUCGAUAGCGCAUAUAAUACAACAUCGGGUAAAAUGUAUUAUCGAUAGUAUGUAAAAUGUGUAUCUUUGAUUUCUAAGUACAGCUUGUCCAAUGUGCAUGGCGAUUUUCCAAAUGUGAAUCAAAGCAUGAUAAAGUUGAGUGAUAAUUGUAGUCCUAUCGACCAUUGAUUUACACGAAUUACUGAUUCACGUGUAAUUUUUGUAUGAAUGAAUAUUAUUUGUACUAUUGCUCUGAUGAUGAUUUGCGUGGUUUCAUUGUGGAUCCGGAGUGGUAUUUUGAAUUUCAUAAUCGAAACAUUGCGCUCAAUAGUAGCACGGAUGUGUCCUGUGCGCAAAGUAAUAUUGUUGACAAAAAGAUCUCGUAAGCAAAUUAUUUUUAAUGAUAAAUAAUCGCAUUAAUUUCACCUAAUGCAUCUAUAACGCUGUAACGUUUUCGUUAAAUUCCCACGUUUAGUUGCAACAUUAGUUGCUUGCUGAUUUCUCAGUUAUCAUUUAAUAUCUAAUUUGCGUAGUUAUGAUCUCGCUAUCAUAGGGUGAUAAAUGACGGAUGAGCUGAGCUCUAGUUGGGAAAAGUGUAAAUUCAACAUAUAGACAAUGUAUACGGACGUUCAAUUCGGACUUUAGUCAUUAUAAUUCUUAGUUAAUUGUGAGUGCAAUAUGGCUCAGAGCCGUGUUUUUUGUUUGCAAAACAGGCAACUGCAAACAAACGGAUACCACUGACACCGGAUCGCAGGCAAAUCAGAAUAGCUAAAUUAAAUUGAUUGAGUUUCACGCGUUAUCUGGAGCAGAUUCAUUAAGGUUUUAAGUUUCGUAACAAAAAUGAUCUUGGUUGACGAUUAAUGAUCCUUUUUAUUAUCUAAUACGAGAAGGGAUGAACAUACGAUUGUAGCGAUCAUCUUGUAAGGCCAUGUAUUUCGUAUUUACCGUUAAGAUAAAAGAGAGCUAAAAAAAUUAACGGGGCGAUGCGACGUGCGGUUACGUGUGUGUAAUAUCAUUUGUCGAAUCUCGGAUUGAAGUCGUGCAUAUUUGGAGAACCGAGAUUGUCGAAAUACAAAAGUGUAUUUGAUCGUUCGUCGCACUGUCGCGUUUGCGUUAAAUAUAUAAUUAUGUAUAAUAUAGUAAUUAUAAAAUAGGCAUUAUAAAAGGAAAAGGAAUUUAUUAAAACGUGUCACGCGUAUCGCGUGCGACGGAAGUUGUUCGCAACAUGGUAGAAAUCUAGAUCGACAUAAUAUAUAUAUAAAUAUAAAUAUAAAUAUAUAAAUAAAUAUAUUGAUGAAUAUAUAUAUAUAUUAAUAAGCAUAUUGAGACACAGUUAGAUAUCACAUGUACUAUUUAAAAUAAUGAAACAAUGAAAACUUGAAUGUACUGCAGGGUCAUCUUAUACUUGAAAUACCAUGCGGAAUUUACCUUACAUUAUGCGUAGAUAUUUGUUAUAUUCUCGGGAAAAAUAAGAAAGAGAGAGAGAGAGAGAGAGAGAGAGAUGGGUAAUAAGUAAAGAUAGAUGAAGAGAGAAUGAGAGAGAGAGAGCGCGCGAGAGAAAAAAAAUACGUGAACUUAUAUGGGAUGGACGAAAAUAUAUAUGUAUAAUAUAUAUACUGCUCAUGUGCUUAUAUACAUUAUGUAUAUAUACUGUGUAACAUACAUAAGCGAGAUAAUCUGCGGAGGAAAACGACCAGAUCUUUUUUUUUUUCCUUGGAAACGAGGAGAAUGUACUUCCGAUGAGAUACGUGUAAAGAGAAAAAGAAAGACAAGCAAAGAAAAAAAACAAUUCCUCUAUAAUUCACCGUGGUAUCCCGCGCGACAACAUUACUAAGAACGUGUAAUAAGGAAUAAAUAGAAAUAAUGUUUA